AUGUCUGCUUCAAUCACGUUUGCCACUGGGGCGGCGGUGCUCUCCGGAGUGACCGUUCUCGCCUGCAUCUUCGUUUCGUUCCAAGUCCUCAAUGACGUCAACUCGUUGUACGAUGAUAUCAUGACUGAUAUGGACGCAUUCAAGGUAAGCAGAUAGAUGCGAAUAACAAUAACAAGCUAGUAUAAUCUCCAGGUGAAAUCCAAUGUCGCAUGGGAGGCUCUGAAUGAGGUCAUCGCGCCAAAGUCUGCUGAGAAUCCAUUCUUGUUCGCUCGUCAAAAGAGAGGAUACGCUCAGUACGGAGGAGGUGCCGUCGGAGGAGGAUACGGAGGAAAUGGGGGCGGAUACGGAAGUGGAGCCGGAGUUGGAGGUGGAUACGGAGGAGGACACGGAUUCGGCGGAGGAGUCGGAGGAGUCGGAGGAGGUUAUGGUGGCGGAGCUGCCGCUGGCGGAUGCCAGUGCUCUCCAAACUCAAACACGUGCCCACCAGGACCACGUGGACCACCAGGACAGGUCGGACUUGACGGACUUCCAGGAGCACCAGGACAGCCAGGAGCUGCAGGAGGAAGCGGAGCAUCUGCUCCUUCCGAAUCGGGACCAGGAGGAUGCAAGGUGUGCCCAGCCGGACCACCAGGACCACCAGGACCAGCUGGACAAGCUGGUAGACCAGGAAACGAUGGACAGCCAGGAGCCCCAUCUUUCGGAGGAGGUGUCGGCGCACCAGGAGCCCCAGGAGCACCAGGAGACAACGGAGAACCAGGACAGGCAGGAGCUCCAGGAGCCCCUGGAGCCCCAGGAAAGAAUGCUCAGGGAGGAUCCCCGAUCCCAGGACCACCAGGACCACCAGGACCACAAGGACCACCAGGAAACAACGGAGCUCCAGGAGGAGGAUACGGAGUCGGCCCACCAGGACCACCAGGACCAUCUGGACGUCCAGGAGCCCCAGGACAAGCUGGACCAGACGGACAGCCAGGAGCACCAGGAAACGAUGGACAGCCAGGAACCGACGCCGCUUACUGCCCAUGCCCAGGACGUGCCGGUGCCAGCCACCCACCAGCUGGAGCCGGAGGAUACGGAGCUGCCGCUGCCGCCAACCACGUUUCCGGAUAUUCCCGUCGCAAGGUCGCUCGUUCCCGUGCCGUUCUUGCCAAGAAGCGUGUGGCUGUCCACCGUCAGGUCCUUGCCAACCGUCAUGUUCAAGCCUAA